CGUAAGAUAAUGGUUGAAAACAUUUCUAGCAGACAGUAGAUUAUCAAACGUAAUCAUCGAGGUAAUCCCCAUUCCAGUCUGUUGUUCCAAAACAAACCGGUUUCAGUUCAGAGCGUUGCAGUUGCACUUCUCUCUCCGUCGCGAUAAGGUUUCUCAAGCUAGACAGCAGUACGCAAAAUGAGUUUUCUUUCUCGAUUGCCAAUCUUGGCCGUUCUGCUGGUGCUCCAGUUGUGCCUAAUCUCCGCGUCCUAUCAAUGCGGAACCAGAAAGCACGGAUUCGUUCCGCUACUGUACCGCGGUUGGAAGGUCGAGGAAGGCCAGUGGCCAUGGCAUGUGGCCAUUUUCUACAAACAGCCGCAGGAUAGUCUCAAAUACCAAUGCGGAGGAAGCUUGCUAAGCUACAAGCAUGUCUUGACGGCAGCUCACUGCACCAUCAACCGGAAAACGAAGUCUCCACUGCCGGUGGGGAUAUUCGAGUUGCACCUAGGGCAGCAUAACUUGUCUGAGGUUACGGAGAACGUGCAGGUUCGGGACGUUGUCAAGUUGCACGUACACCCGGAGUACUCUACGCUACGGAAUGACGUGGCGUUGUUGGUGAUGCGACUGGCCGUCGCCUACACGGACUACGUCAUACCGAUCUGCAUCGAUCGGAAGGUCGAUCGGGACCUGAGGAAUCUGGAAGGUCACCGAGGGUGGCUUACCGGAUGGGGUGUUACGGAGACGGGGAACGUUUCGGAUGUCCUGUGGACCGCGUCGCUAGAGGUGGUGAGCUACUUGGACUGUACGAGGAACGAUCCGGUACUGUUCGGGAAUAUGGUUAACGAGACGGUGUUCUGCGCUGGAGAUUUGAAUGGGACCAGCCCGGGGCCGGGUGACAGCGGAGGUGGAAUGUACUUUUACGACGGUGACCAAUGGGUUUUGAGGGGCGUUGUUUCCUUUGCCAAGGUGGAUUCGGUAACGAAGCUGGUGGAUACUUCCAAGUAUGCGGUAUUCGCCAAUGUUCAACGAUUUUUGACCUGGAUUCAGUGGGUCUUGGCUGAGGAUGACCCUCAAGCAGAUCGAGGACCUAAGCGAAUCAGUGAAACAGAAUGUGACAGAUUCCGGGAAUUUGCUUUCAAGCGGAAAUCAGGAGAUUGCACCAAUUCCAGACAUCCUCAUUCAAUCCUCAUUUCCUACACGAAAGACGCGGAUCGAAGACUGUCGAAGUGUAACGGUGCCCUGAUUAGUGAGAACUACGCCAUGACAACAUGUCUUUGUACACGUUUCAGUACAGUGGCUCAGGUGCUGAUCGACGGAUACGGUAGCGUGGAUAUCGCGGAAGUCACGUGCCACCCGGAGUACGUCCAGAGUCCCAAGAUUCACGACUUGGCGCUGGUCCGCAUGAAAAACCCCGUGCGACUUGCCAGCAACGUGGUACCGGCCUGUUUGGCCAGCAAUUGGACGGAGAAUCUGUACGACACGCUGGUGCAUACCGGAAUCGGGUUCAACCGGACCACAGGUGCCCGCCAGAUUUUCGAAUCGGACGACAACGAGGUCAUCACGGAACGGCGGUGCCUUAAGAUAUUCGACCUGGAGCACGUGAACGUCACCAGACCGGGGGACAUGUGCGUCAUCAAUACCGAUCCGUUGCGGAUCGGUUUGGGCGGAGUGCUCGGAUCGCCUCUGCAGUCGAUGAACUGGCGAACGUGCAUGUCCACCGUGGUCGGACUGUUGGAUUUUGCCAUUUUGAACCCGGACUGGCCCAAGCAUAAACCGUGGGUGGAUGGGUACGUACGGAUAUCGUACUAUUUGGACUGGAUCGAGAAGGUUGUUUGGGGUGGGGCGGAGGAGCCGGAGGUUACGGAGGAGCCUGGAGUUAUCGGAUCACUGAAUAAUCAGAGAAUUGAAACAACCGUGAGUUUGGCAGCUGGUGGGUCUAUCAAUUUUGAUUUUAUGUUCCCGGAUCAAUUUGAAAGGCUGAAGGCCUCACAUGUUUUAUAAUCGAUAUCAAAUAAACGAACAGCGUAGUUAUUUGCUUUGUUUGACCGUUACGAUUCGAAGAAGUUGACCCCGGGGAUUCUGAAGACUUGUUGCUUUGCAUAUAUGUUUUCUGAAAACUUUCACAGAAACCUUCAUGGGACGUUCAGGGGAGUCCUCUAAAAUCUGGAUUUAUCCAGAAGAAGCCUUCAGAAUCAUCCAGUGGAGGCCUCUGAAAUCAGU